AUGAGUUUGGAACAAUCUUUAUUUCAUUUAAAAUUUGCAGCAAAAAGUCUUAAAAGACAAUCUCAAAAAGCAUCUCGUGAUGAAUUAACAGAAAAAGCUAAUGUUAAAAAAGCUAUACAAGCUGGAAAUUAUGAUAUUGCAAAAAUAUAUGCAUCAACUGCUAUAAGAAAACGUUCAGAGGCCCUCAACUUGCUUCGUUUAUCUUCAAGAAUUGAUGCAGUUUCAUCAAUAUUGCAUACUGCAAUGACUAUGAGAAAUGUUAGUGGAAAUUUGGCAAAUAUUGCUUCAGUAAUGGACAAAUUUGAAUCUCAAUUUGAAGAUCUUGAUGUACAAUCAAGUUAUAUGGAAAAUGCUAUUGGUGUGUCUACUGCAAUAUCAACUCCCCAAGAUGAAGUUGACUCACUAAUGCAAAAAAUUGCAGAUGAAGCAGGGCUUGAGUUGUCUGAGGAUUUAAUGAAUGCAACACCCUGUAAUAAUAAAAUUAAUGAGCAAAAUAAGCUUAAUGAUUCAUUUCAUGAAAGAUUGGCAAGAAUUUGUGGAUAA